CAUACUCUUUACGAUCCCGGGCCUCGACACCUCUCCUCUUCUGCAAUUAAACUAACUGAUAACUGGACACCCACUGGCUAUGUAUUUUCUCUCGGCGUUUGUGUUUACCUUCAUACCGAGUCUCUUAUUAAUAGGUGUGACCUCACAAAACCCAGUCCGGCAAAUGCCUUCCCACGUGCAACUGCUUGAAGGGCAGACGGCGACCAUUAACUGCACUGCGGAUUUUCACGGGGGUAAAACCUGCACUUGGCUGAAAGAUGACCUGAAGGUUUCAGAAAGCGUAUGGAAGUUCCGCGAAAGAGUGAGCGAAAGACGCGAAAUAGUUGGUCAGAAGUUGUCAACAUUUCUGGAAAUCAGGAAUCUCACGGAAUGUGAUUCCGCCACCUACUAUUGUGAGCUGAGCACCGUGGACAGCAAAAAGAAGGGUGAUGGGACGAAGAUAAUCGUACGGCGUGCACCUCAAAGCAAUGCCAUUAACAUGAUUUUCAUCGGAGUGUCGGCGGGAGUGAUAGCAGCGCUUGUCAUUGCUUUGAUUAUUGUAUCUGCACAGCUCCGCUGGCGCACUAAAGCUUGUAUUGCUCUUCAGAGACAAUUCGUUCAUUACAUCACCGAAAAAUCAACAGCAGAAUAUUUGAAAAUAAACAAGACAAGGCAUGGGGUCAGAGAGGAUGGUUCUGCAAGCUCCAAUCAAGAGAGGAGGAAGAAGAAGAAAAGGAAAACAAAAAAGUCCAACAGUGUGGAUUGCACACAACAAGGCAACAUCCAGUAACCCAAGGCAACCCUGCUCCAAGUUUAAAAGUACAGGCCUUUAGCAAAUGCUUCACAAACGGACAAUAGUUAUGCACUUCUUUUGUCCUACAGUCUCUCCCUAUAACCUUGAGUUAAAAAAUAUAUAUAUCUUUAGUAUAUUCAUGUGUCAUGUUGAGGAAAUAUGCUUUAUUCCAGCAGUGAGUACGACAUACAACUCUGCUUAUUGGAAAGAUGGGCUUGCACUGGAGAAGGUGCAGGGGAGAUAUACAAGGAUAUUGCCAGGACUAAACAAUUGUAGCUAAAAAGUGAGAUUGGUUAUCUGGGGUUGACCAUAAGACAUAAGAACAGAAUUAGGACCUUUGGUCCAUCGAGUUGCUCCACCAUUCUAUCGUGACUGAUUUAUUUUCCCAUUCAACCCCUUUCUCCUGCCUUCUCCCUGUAACCUUUGACACCCUUACAAAUCAAGAACACAAUAAGACCUUUGACACUUAUUAUGACACAAAUCUCAUUUGACUCAUGCCAAUGCCCCCAUUCUCCCUCCUUGGUUCUCUUCCUCUGCAACUUAACCUCAGCUCACUUUCCCAUCAACUUUAAUUAUUUUACCACCUUCCUACAUAAGGGGUGAUUAGCAGUAGCCAGUUAUCCAACCCGUAUGUCUUUGGUCAGAGGCACAGCAUUCAGACUUGACACGAGCAGCACCCGAGGUAUGACUCGAGCAGGGGAUCGUAGAGUCGUGAAGCACAGCUCUAACCUCUGUGGUUAGGGCAGGCUGAGGACAGAGCCACGGUACCGGGGAAGCACCAGUACUGCAGCCCAACACAGUAUUACCCCAGGUUAAGCUCAACCAGGAGUAAAGUCAAAUGCAACUCACACAAAAUGCUGGAGGAACUCAGCAGGUCAGCAUCAUCUAGGGAAAUGAAUAAACCGUCGACGUUUCAGGCCAAGACCCUUCAUUAGGAACCCUUCAUUACUUUAUUCCUCUCAAAAGAUGGUCCUGGAACCUGCUGAAUUCCUCCUGCAAUUUGUGUGCAUUGCUCUGGAUUUCCAGCAUCUGCAGAAUCUUUUGUGCAAACUCAAAUGUAAAUCUGGCCUUGUACCUGAUUCAGUCAGCUUUCCGCUGGAUGGGUUGGGUUACAUUUGACUGGCAGGGCGUGAAAUAUUAGGGUCAUACAUCCUUUUUGGUUUCAAAGAUAAGCUUUAUUCAUAAAAACGUCAAUCCAGGAAAUCCAGUUCUCACUAUCUCACCAUCUUGCACCACAUUUUUAUUUAUUUUUUAUAGUUCUUUAUUAUAACUUAUAGUAAUUUUCUACAUGUUGUACUUUACUGCUGCUACACAACGAAUUUCAUAACAUAUAUCAGUGAUAAUUAACCUGAUCCUGACACUGAUUCAAUACAAUUAGUACGACUUGCUUUGCAUUCAUCAGAAUCAGAGGCAGUACCCACUAACCUGAUGGCAUGAAUAUCGAUUUCUCCUUCAGGUAAAGAAAAUACCCUCCCCCUCCAUUCUUUUUCUAUUCCCCACUCUGGCCUCUUACCUCUUCUCACCUGCUAAUCUCAUCCUCCUACCCUUUCUCCCAUGGUCCACUCUCCUCUCCUAUCAGAUCCCUUCCUCUCCAACCCUUCACUUUUGCCACAGACCGGGCUUUACCCCUCUCCUUCCCCUCCCCCUAACUUUUUAUUCUGGCAUUUUCCCCCUGCCUUUCCAGUCCUGAAGAAGGGCCUCAGACUGAAAUGUCAACUGUUUAUUCCCCUCCAUAGAUGCUGCCUGAGCUGUUGAGUUCCUCCAGCAUUUUGUAUGUGUUGCUUUGGACAGCACCCGCAGAAUUGCUCAUGUUUGUCAUGGGUUUGUUGCUUAGUGGCAGCAGUGCAGUGAAAUACAUAAAAAGUACUAUUAAUUACAAUGAGAAACAUUUUGGAAAAACACAACUGUGCAUACAGAGAUCAAAAUAGGGAGGUAGUGUUCAUUGUCCGUUCAGAAAUCGGAAGGCAGAGGGGAAGAAGCUGUUCCUAAAACACUGUGUUUGGGUCUUCAUGCUCCUGUACCUCCUCCCUGAUGGUAGUAAUGAGAAAAGGGCAUGUUCUGGAUAGAAACAUAGAAACAUAGAAAACCUACAGCACAACACAGGCCCUUCGGCCCACAAAGUUGUGUCGAACAUGUCCCUUCCUUAAAAAUUACCAGGGUUAACCAUAGCCCUCUAUUUUUCUAAGCUCCAUGUACCUAUCCAAAAGUCUCUUAAAAGACCCCGUCGUAUCCGUCUCUACCACCGUUGCCAGCAGCCCAUUCCACGCAGUCACCAUUCUCUGAGUAAAAAACUUACCCCUGACAUCUCCUCUGUACCUACUUCCAAGCACCUUAAAACUGUGCCCUCUUGUGGCAGCCAUUUCAGCCCUGGGAAAAAGCCUCUGACUAUCCACAUGAUCAUUGCCUCUCAUCAUCUUUUACACCUCUAUCAGUUCACCUCUCAUCCUCCGUCGCCCCAAGGAGAAAAGGCCGAGUUCACUCAACCUAUUCUCAUAAGGCAUGCUCCCCAAUCCAGGCAACAUCCUUGUAAAUCUCCUCUGCACCCUUUCUAUGGUUUCCACAUCCUUCCUGUAGUGAGGCGAACAGAACUGAGCACAGUUCUCCAAGUGGGGUCUGACCGGGGUCCUAUAUAGCUGCAACAUUACCUCUCCAUAGUUGGAUAUUUGGAUAUCUAUCAUGAACUACAAUGGAUAGUUCAUGAUGAUGAUGCCAACUUCUUGAGUGGUGGGAAGGCUUGUGUCCAUGAUGGAGCUGGAUGAGGCUACGAAUCUCUGCUGGUUUUGGUGAUCCUGCACAUUGGAUCUGACAUACCAGAAGGUGAUGCUACCAGUGAGGAUAAUGUCCACAGUCCAUCUGUAGAAAUUUGCUAGAGUCUUUGGUGACUAAACCAAAUCCCCUCAAGCUCAUCAUAUCAAAUCAAUACAUUCAUUAUGCCAAUUGUAACCAAUAUAAUUUAUUUACAAUGCGCCAGUUUCCCCUUUAAACAACUCUAACGCAAAGAACUGUGAGAGGGUAGUUCCGCAGGACCAAGCCCUUCCAUAUCCAGAGGAGGCUGGACCCUAGGGAGCUGGCCCUACCCCACACAGCCUUUGCACUGGCUGAAUUUUUAACCAAAAUAAAUUUUAUUCAUACUAAAAAAUAUAUUUGCAGGAGUAAACCUGUAUUCUGGAUUGAUCAGGGAAUGAAGGGAUACGGGAGGAAGGCAGAAGACUGGGGCUGAGAGGGAAAAUCGAUCAGCCAUGAUGAAAUGCGGAGCAGACUCGAUUGACUAAUUCUGCUCCUUUACUUUAUGAUCUUUAUGGUCUAAACCAUGAAAUACCUUUCCAAUCUUACAUUCAUAGUCAGUGUUUUCAGUAUUACAUACACACAAAUCGGACCAUUGCUAUGCGUGUGGCUCCCUUGGGUGGUUAACUACCACGAUAAUUAAGGAGCUUCCUCACCCAACCCCUCGGUCUCCAGUAGCAGAAGAACCCGACACUGUGGUCCUUCCCCACCAAGACCUUGCAAUGGCUGUUUCAGUGCCACUUUCAGUUUGUCCUCCUGCAGCCUGGAGUGUGACAGUCAACGGACAUCUCAAUGUGCUAGCAGGUGUGACGAGAAUACACAUAAAUUAAGAUGUUUGCUGGCCUGGGCUAGCAUCAGUGGCAUCAGCAGUUGGUCUGCCACCUGUCCUCAGGGGAGGGAGAAAUAAGGCACACAAUGAAGCAGCAUUUGGAGAUGUUAAUGAAGGAGCCGUCAGUCUGGGUAUUGUCAAGAGCGGCUCCCCCUUUGAACCCUGAACUGGUUGAAGUGAUGGACAGGCGAUCUGGAGAUGUGUAAUGAAGGGACGGGAGAGAGAGCUGUCUAGAGCGGCUCCCCCUUUGAACCCUGAACUGUUUGAAGUGAUGGACAGGCGAUACCCCAGCAGGGGGAUAAAAAGGGACAGGUUCGCUAAGGCAACACACACGACACUCGAGGUAACGAGACCCUGGAAGCGAUGCACCUCUCACGAGUCGGUGGGAAGUACCGGGCCACAAACGCACAGGAUGGAAAGGUACGAUCAGCGGGAACCCGGUGUGUGUCCACCCUCGCUUGGGUGCCGGGUUCACUGCAGAGGAUCGACCGCAUCUGGAGGAGGGGUCACAGUCGGUGACCUCAGGUGACAUCACAAAGGACCCGCCCAAAAGCUGCUUGUGAGCCAUCUCGCCGGUCUGUGAGUGAAGCCGUGUCUGAAUGAUCAGUCGUUCUCAUUCUCUCUCUCCCUCCUCCCACGUUGUCCAUCGCCAUGGCAACGAUUACUGUGAACUGAACUAAAUUGAACUGGACUUUGUGUCACUUUGAAAUUGGUCAUUUACCUCUAGACAACGAUAGAGCUUGAUUGAUCCUGUUAUCUUAAUUCUGUGCACAUGUGUGUUUAUCAUCGCUGAACUGUUGCAUUUAUUAUCCUUUCGAUUACUGUGUUGCUUGUUUCUUUAAUAAAACUUUCUUAGUUCUAGUAAUCCAGACUCCAACUGAGUGAUCCAUUUCUGCUGGUUUGGCAACCCAGUUACGGGGUACGUAACACAGGACAACGGCCUUCGGGCAGACCAAAGGGGCGUCUUUCAUCGAGCUGAUGAUCUGCCGGUAGCCCUUGAUGCUCGUGUCCGUGAUUGUCCCUGGGAACAGCCCAUAGGUCAGAGCGUCCCAAGAUGAACUGUGAUGCAGCUGCUGGCGUCUUUCUCCUCACCUCCUUCACAGACCCACACUCUGCAAAGAGCUGAGUGACCAUCCUUUCCCCACUACAGUGAUCCCGUGGGCAACUCGCGGUGAGAGUGAUUCUCCGGGCACAUAGGGAGAAUCCGGCUGGGAGGAGCGCUCUCAUUUUUCUAAACUCCAGUGAGUACAGCCCCAGAGCCAUCAAGCGCUCCUCAUAUGUUAACCCUUUCAUACCUGUGAUUAUUCCCGUGAGCCUCCUCUGGACACUCUCCAAUGCCAGCACAUCUCUUCUUAGAUAAAACUGCCCAGAAUACUCAAAGUGUGGGCUAACCAAUGACUCAGCAUUACAACCUUGAUUUUGUAUUCUAGGCCUCUCAAAACGAAUGCUAACAUUCCAUUUGCCUUCCUUGCCAUCGACUCAACCUACAAUGGGUCUCCAAAUAUCUUUGCACUGAAUUUUGCACUUUCUCCUCAUUUAGAAAAAAAGUCCACACUUUAAUUCCUUCUGCCAAAGCACAUGAACAUGCACUUCCCUACACUAUAUUCCACCUGCCACUUCAUUGUCCAUUCUCCCAGUCUGUCUAAAUCCUUGUACAGACAUCCUCCUUCUUCAAAACUACCUGCCCUUCCACCUAUCUUCACAUCAUGUGCAAAGCUGGCCACAAAGCCAUCAAUUCAUUCACCUAAAUCACUGACAUAUAGUGUAUAGAGAAUCUGUCCCAACACAGACCCCUGUGGCACACCUUUCGUCACCAGCAGCCAACCAGAACAGGCUCCCUUUAUUCCCUUUUAUUCCCACUCUUUUCCUCUUGCCAAUCAGCCAAUCUUCUAUGCAUGCUAGAACCGAUCUUGCAGUACCAUGGCCUCUUUAAGCAGCUUCACAUGUGACGCCUUGCAAAGGCCUUCUGAAAAUCCAAGUAAACAACAUCCACCAAUUCUCUUUUAUCUAUCCUGCCUCUUAUUUCCUCAAAGAACUCCAACAGCUUUGACAAGCACAAUUUCCCUUUUAGAAAACCAUGCUGACUUUGGCCUAUUUUAUCAUGUAUGUCCGAGUACCAUGAAAACUUAUCCUCAGUAAUAGAUUCCAACACCUUUCCAACCACUGAAGUCAGCCUACCUGACUUACAAUUUCUGUUCUUCUGCCUCCUUCCCUUUUUAAAAAGUGAAGUGACAUUUGCAAUUUUCCAGUCCUCAGGAACCAUUCCAGAAUCUAGUGAUUCUUGAAAAUCAUUACCAAUGCCUCCACAAUCUCUUCAGCUAUCUCUUGCAGAACUCAGGGGUGUAGUCCGUCUGUUCCUUCAGACUUCUCAGCUUCCCAAGCCCUUCAACUUAGCAAUAGCAAUGACACUUACCUGGUUGUUUGUCUGUCUCUG